AUGUGCUUGACAAUCCUCUACCGAAGCCGCUGCGCCGUUUGCAGCGAGAUCAGCACGCCAGACGCGGCCGCUGAGAAGCUGUGUGAGCCUGACGAGCCUUGUGCAAGCCGGAACGUGCGGCCUCUGCGCUACUGGGUCUCCGAGUCGGCGGUUCCGUGUGCUGGCUGCCUCACCGAGCGACUCGAGCGAGAGCUGUUCUUGCUUCAAUUGGAGAGCAUGAUUGCCGAAGGAAAUGCUGCUGAAGAACCUGGGAAGGAGGAAUAA